CAUACAAUGUAAACUAUUAGGAUUGUAAAUUGAAUCACUUUAAUAAAUAAAGUGGGUGCUAGCGUACAUUGUGCUGAAUUGACGUAAUAGUUAUUAAUUGAAGCAAAGGUAGUACUGGUUACAAGGAAUUGUAAAGCGUGUUUUGAUUCCGUGUUAAAGAAACUACUCCAAUGAAGAAACUGGUUGUUGUUUGAUUAUUAUUCUCAUAUUUUUGUUUACACUAACUUUCGUGUUGAAAGUUUGUACGUGAAAAUGACCUCAAAUUAUUAUGAUCACUAUGAUGGAAGCAAGCUAUUUUUAUUUUUGUCUUCUAAAAUUGGUCUUCCAAUUGAUCUGGUUAAUUUUUUGAUUGCACAAUUAGCUGCAUUAUGCGUCGCCAGACUUUUCCGGAAACCAUUAAAGCUAGCUUCGCCAGAAUUUCGACAUUCAUUGUGCCUUGUUAUAGGGUUGCUUAUGGGAUAUUUCUGCUUUGGAAAACAAGCAGUACAUUUAUCUGUACUGCCCAUGCUGAGUUAUACAUUACUUAAAUCUGGGCCACAACAUUUGAUGGGAAACAUAACCCUUACUGCAUCUAUGUUAUAUUUGUCAUGUCUACAUGUACAUCGACAAUUAUAUCACACCGGCGACUAUACACUCGACAUAACCGGUCCUUUAAUGGUCAUCACCCAAAGAGUUACAUCGUUGGCAUAUUCACUACAAGACACCUUGACAAAAAAGGAAAUAAACGCAAACUCUAUGGGACCAUCCUCUGAAAAGGAUCAAUCUCGAAUGGUCAAAAUACCUUCGCCACUCGAAUAUUUCUCAUACACAUUAGCCUUUCAAACUUUAAUGUGCGGACCAGUUGUGUUUUAUACAGACUACAUUACUUUUAUCGAAGGUGAUGUAGUAAAUGAAAAUCAAAAGAACAUAUCAGAGGAUCGUAAGGAACCGUCCCCUCGUUUAGCAGUUUUGUACAAAGUAGCCGGCUCAGUCGCAGCAGCUGUUCUAUAUUUGUCACUCGCGAAGAAAUACCCGCUAACGGCGCUGGAAGAAUUGACAGAUCCCACUUCUGAAGUGGCUAGAUCAUGGUCCGUUUUGUAUCUCUUAUGGUACGCUUACUUGUCCACACUCGUGGUGCGGUGCAAAUAUUAUCACGCCUGGCUCUUGUCGGAGGCCAUUUGCAAUAAUUCAGGAAUGGGUUUUAAUGGCUACGACAACGAUGGCUGCCCAAAGUGGGACAAGAUGUCCAAUAUUGAUGUUUUCGGUUUCGAGUUCGCGCAGAACUUCCGCGAUGCCGUUGCGAGCUGGAACAAGAACACGAACGCGUGGCUUCGUAACGUGGCUUACGAACGCGGUGGUGCCGCGUGGAGAACCGCACGAGUAUACGCACUGUCGGCGCUGUGGCACGGCUUCCACCCCGGAUACUAUCUCACAUUCUUCGCCGGUGGCCUAUUUACCAUCGCCGCUAAGAAGGUGCGAGCCUUCGCGCGUCCUAUGUUUUUGGAGAGUCGUCCCAAGAAAUUAGUGUACGAUGCGUUGACGUUUAUGACAACUAGAGUCGCUAUGACGUAUGCUACCGUCCCGUUCGUUCUACUACAUCUCUCGCCGAGCCUUGCUUUUUACGGGAGAUUGCAUUACUCCUUGCACUUUAUAGCGCUGGGCGCCAUAUUUCUGCCAGCUAAAACAUCAACACGUAAUUCUUCCCAGAAUUACACGGAUCUUCCUCCAACGUCUUCCAAGUUCAAAGAAGUGCCAAUAAAGGAUGUCAACGGAGAACUAAAUGGAAAUCUCAAGAUUUCCUAAUACCAUAUUCCUAAACUAUUAACGUGAUAUACAAUAGACUGGCAGGUAUUAUAGUAUCCAUUCAAAUAUUAGGUACUUUAUUUAAAGACACAAAUAUAAAAGGUAUUAUUUAACAUAAUAUUUAAGUUAUAUGAAUAAUAUUAUAUGUACAUAUGCAUUUACCAGUAUUAAUAACGAACCAGCACAAAAGCGUAUUUCUCAAAUAUUAUAUUUUUACAAUUUUAAAAAUGAUAUUACUAUACACUUUUAUGACCAAUUAGUAGUUAUAAGAAGUAAAAAAUAAUUAAAUGUCUUUUCCCACAACAUAAGGAGUUGAGUUUAUGUUCAAUUUACUUUAGCAUUUUACCUACUUAGCAUUAAAAAAAUCACAGUUCAUUGUUAUGUUUGACUUUAUUACAUGUAAUUACUAAAUUAUAAUGCAUAUUUAAAUUUUUAUGUACAACAGAAUCAGUAUUCUUGUAACACAAAUUCGAAGGAAAUUCUGCUGUUUUGAAACUCAUAUUGGCACCGAUUCUCUCUUCAAACCCAUCUAUUAUUUUAAGUUUUUAUCUGUACCAUUUAAACAAAAUCUAGCAUGCUAUAUUUUGACGGGUAAUAAAUGAACCACUACUUUCGUAUACAUAAAGUAGAAAAGUUUAGUAGGUAAUAUAUAGCAAGGUUUUGGAUGAGUGGUAAAUUGGCAAUUUGGAAAUUUAUGCUGAUUUUUUUCUGGUCUGGUUGUGUCCGGAGGCUUCGGCUGCGACGUGGCUGUUGGUGGUUACCAUCCUACCGACAAUGACGUGUCGCCAAGCGAUUCAGCUUUCCGGUACGAUUUCGCGUAGAAACCGAUUAUGAUAGUGAUAUCGAUUUAAUAUAACUGUCUACUAAGUUAGCCCACUGCCAUCUUAGACUGCAUCGUCAUUUAUCAGGUGAAAUUGCAGUUAAGGGCUAACGCAAAACGGUGGUGCCAAUCUAAAUGUACACAAAUAUCACAUGUUAACUUUAGAGAUUUAUGUGCAUUAGAAUUGACAUCUGCAUUGAUGUGUUCACUUUUGUAUGGCAUGGAACAUCCUUGUCAAUUUGAGCUUUUAAAUUUUUAUGAGUAUAUAAUAGUACUAAGAAAUUUUAAUGAACAGUUUUUCUAUAAUAUUGCGUUCGUAUUAGCUUAAUUUAAUUAACUGUAUUUUAAGAAAUUCGUUAUUAAAGUUUGAAAUUCCCUUAUUGAUUGACAUUUGUAUAUUAUAUAAAUUAAACUAUUUAUUUAUUUGCAGGAAAGACUGUUGCCAAUUCUAUUGUUAACAGAUCUUUAAACUAAUUUAAAAGAUCUAAAAGUAGUGCUGGCUUUUAGACAAGUUUUCCUGUGGGGAAGUAUUAGAAGCAAUAUUUUUAGACUUUAUAUAAUUGAUUUAUGUACACCAAAAUUGGGACUAUUGUUUAAUAAUAAAGUUUAGGAGUGGUCCUGUUUCAAUGAAGCUUCGUAAUGUCACCUUUUAAUAAGGAAUUAACUGCACACUCACUACCAAUAAGUAUAAGGAAAAUUGCUUUAAUUAUUUAAUGAUUUGCAGAAUAUUAUCCUUUAUAACCUGAGUACAUGGUAUUAAACCAACAUUAAGCUAAGAACAGCUUCUCAAGAUCGAUCUUAAACAUAGAUUGAUCAAUAGAUUGUUCUCUGUAGGUUUUAUGAAAUUAUAUUUACAAUAAUUUCGCAUGUGCCAUUCAAUAAUUUAUCAUUCGAAUUUCUUCUAAUUAAAAUGCCAAUAUUAUAGCAAAAUUUAGAUACUAACUAAGCCUAAAAACUGAGUUGGUUAUUAUCUGCGAAGAUGUUAUCCGUAAUUGUAUGAUAAUAAAUAUAUCUAUAAAAAAAAUUUAACUCACUAACUAUGUAUUUUACAGGUGAAGGUAAUCAAACAAUGUACAGAUUGGCUGCAUAAUUUUGUGUUAUGAUAAUUUAAGUCCUAUUGAUAACUUAUCUAUAACAUGGUUUGUUUACCAACAUUAAUUAUUAUGAAAUAUAUUUAAAAAAAAAAAAAAAUAUAUAUAUAUAUAUAAAUUGAGGCCACAGGUCACCGACAACCUGGCAGUCUUUCGUUUUCUUUUCUGGGCGCCUAGUGUGAUUUUCAUCGCGUGAAAGUUAAGUUUGUAUGGAAUCAAAUGGCGCGUUACAACACUGGGAAACAGUAUUGUCGAUAGAUGGCGCUCUAUCGAUUCAAUACUAAUAGUAUACUUUCACGGGAUUGAAUAGGUAGAAAAUAAAAGGAGGUACAUUGUCAGCAUUCUGAACACCUUGCCUUGUUGUGCUUGAUACUCACAUGUAAUUUACUAACUUUACCUAUAAUCGAAAUUAAAUAUGAACAAAUAAUAAAUAAUAUAUUUCACCUCCUUAAUAUUAAGACAAUUUUAAUUAUGGGAUAGAAGAAGGCGUUAUGCUUAAUUUGCUAUGCUCUUCGGAAAGCACAUUAAGCUUUUCGCUGAGCAUAGCAAAUUAAGCUUAACUUUCAUUGUUUAAUUUUAAUUGCUUAACUUUCAUUGUUUAAUUUUAAUUGCUUUUCUAUUAAGUGAUCAGGCAAUGUGUGAUAACUCAUAACCAUGUGUUUAUAUAUAAGUGGUGUGGAAAAUUUGCGAUGUUUUCUUUAAAAAUAUUUUUGUACCAAUAUUCGACUAUGGGUGAUUGAUCUGAUAAAUUAAUAAUAUUUAUUAAAAUUAGGCAGCUAUAUUUUAAUUUGAAUGAAAGAUAUACUUUCCUUACAUAAAAUACUUUUGUUGGUGCACAAUUUCUGCGGUGGAGAUGCUGUUUUAUUUAGGCUGGGUAUAGAUAAUCGCGUGAAUCUUGUCCUCUGUCCUUUUUAAGUGUUUUAGAUCUCUUUACUAUAUGCACAACAUGCAUUUUAUGUUUCUCGCGGUAACAAGACUUUAAAUGUUUAUGUAAACAGGGUGUAAACGACAAGUUACUGAAAGCUAUGUAAAGAAGUUACGCUUUAUUCAUUCAGUAAAAAUUUGGGUAACCAAUUAUGUUUAUUUUCGAGUAUACAGUGUAUGGUUAUAGUUUGUAGAUAUUUAAUAAGAGUUGUGGCUUGUAUUUAAACUUUUAAAGAAACAGCGAAAAAAAUUUAAGUUAAAAUGAAGUUAAACUUUUAAUUUCAUUUAAUAUCUAGUUUAUUUAGACUAAAUGCAUGAUUUCAAGCUGUAACUAGUUAAAAAUAUCGUAAAAUUCAUGAAAAGGUCGACCAAAAUUCCAAUUUUGGGAAACUCAGGAACAUGUAAUGAAUUU